AUGCAGGGUUUGAUCACAAAGGAGAGAGGUUGUAUUGACUCAGCAGCUGCACCAUUUGCCAAAGAUAUUGGAGAGGUUGAAAGUUUAGGUCUCCAUGAGGGAUCUGAUCUUCUUGAAGUGGUCAAAAAGGUCAAACCUCAUGUUCUUCUUGGUUUAUCUGGAGUUGGAGGUGUUUUCAAUGAGCAUGUGCUUAGAGCCAUGCGAGACUCGGAUUCCGCUAAACCUGCUAUUUUCGCCAUGUCCAAUCCCACUUUGAAUGCUGAAUGCACUGCUGUCGAUGCUUUCAAGUAUGCGGGUGAAAAUAUAGUUUUUGGAAGUGGAAGCCCUUUUGAGCAUGUUGAUCUCGGAAAUGGGAAAAUAGGUCAUGUGAAUCAAGCAAAUAACAUGUACCUCUUCCCCGGGGUUGGUUUGGGAUCUCUGCUAUCCGGUGCUCAUAUUAUAUCCGAUGGAAUGUUACAAGCCGCUUCCGAAUGUCUUGCUUCUUAUAUGACAGAAGAAGAAAUUCAGAUGGGCAGACUUUAUCCAUCUAUCGAUAGUAUUCGACAUAUUACUGCUGAAGUUGGGGCAGCUGUGGUUCGGGCAGCUGUUGCUGAGGAACUGGCGGAAGGGCAUGGUGAGGUGGGACCCAGAGAGCUUGCACACAUGUCAAAGGAAGAGACUGUUGAAUAUGUAACAAGCAACAUGUGGUAUCCCAUUUACAGUCCUUUAGUUCAUGAGAAAUAAGGCGUUUUGGAGUUGGGCUAUUCUUCUAAAGGAGAUAUAUAUAAUUAUUAUUAUAUCAUCUCCUGCAGCCUAUUUUAUUAUAGACAUUUAAUUAAUGUAUAAUAAAGAAUCAGGUAAUUAUAUUUUUCAAAUAUGUAAAACAUGUAACAUGCAUCAUUUAACUCGUUAGAAUGAAAGGUAGCUGAGACUCGUGUUUGAC